AUGAUGUUCACUUCAUCCAUUCUCUCGCUGGUACUGGGCGCCACUAGCGUCCUCGCCUCGCCCGUAACCCCGACACCGACGUUGGACAAGCGUGCCACAACCAUCUCGUGUGAUUCUUGGGGAUCCCUUACCACUGGAGGCUACGUGAUCUACCACAACAACUGGGGUGCAUCGGCCGCCAGCUCUGGCUCCCAGUGCACCUACUUCGACUCGCUCAACGGCAACUCGGUCGCCUGGCACACCAGCUGGACUUGGGCAGGUGGUUCUUACAACGUCAAGUCUUAUUCGAACGUUGCUCUUGAGAACGUGAACAAGAAGCUGUCCGCAGUUUCUUCGAUUCCUUCCACCUGGAAGUGGAGCCAAACUGGAAACAACCUCGUAGCCGAUGUUGCUUACGACCUCUGGCUUGCCCCAACUUCGGGAGGCACCAAUGCCUACGAGAUCAUGGUCUGGCUCGCAGCCUACGGCGGCGCCGGUCCCAUCUCUUCCAGUGGAAGCCCCAUUGCUACCGUCACUAUCGGCGGCAACAGCUACAAGCUGUUUUACGGCCUGAACGGCAGCACCAAGGUCUACUCCUUUGUUGCAUCCAGCACCAUCACCAACUUCAGCGGCGACUUGAAUCUCUUCUUCAAGUACCUGACCUCCAGCCAGGGUGUCCCCUCCAGCUACUACAUCACCUCGCUCCAGGCCGGCACCGAGCCCUUCACCGGCUCCAACGCCGUCCUGACGACCACCGCUUACAGCAUCUCUGUCUCUUAA